AUUACACUAUCAUAUAAAAAAAUUUUAAUUGUUGAUUAACUUGUAUAGUCAUAGGCGAUAGGACAUCAUGGAGCUAUUAGCUACUGUAUUAUAAUUUUUUUCUCAAUAUGUUAUGUAAUGGCCUUUCUAUAUUAUAUUACAGCCAUAUCAGAUCAACUUGUGAUUUAUAGCUCAAAAAAAGUACCCGUCUUGUCCGUAUAACCAUGCAUUUUUAUUUUUGCUUUGAAAAUCAUGAUUAUGUAAGUAAGUGGAGCAAGUGAACAUUUAAGCAACUGACUGACUCCUCCAUCUUCAAAUGUUAUAGUACAAAACAAAGUAAGAACAGAACUAAUCCAUUACUAAUUAAUUUAUACGUUCUCUAAUUCCUAUAUAACACCCAGUAUCCCUCGCCACUACUCAUUCCGCAGCAAACACAAGAGUCUCACAAAGAAACUUCUCACAAACCUUUUAAGUCUCAGCCUAAUGGAAUCAAAACAAAUCAGCGAUGAAACUGUUCUUAUUCCAAAGACCAACUCCAAGGGGAAAGCUGUUGUUGAUGGUGAUGCUCAUGGUUCUCCUCCUGUAGUAACCACUGCAAAAACUAUCACACCCCAGGGAGGUAGAUGGAAGAAAGGCUUAGCAAUAUUAGACUUUAUUCUAAGGCUCUGUGCCGCCUCUGCUGCUUUCGCUGCCACUGCAAUUAUGGGAUAUGAUGAGCAGAUUCUCCCCUUCUUCACACAGUUUCUCCAAUUUCAUGCUGAAUACAAUGAUGUUCCAACUUUCACGUAUUUUAUUAUUGCAAAUGGUAUAGCUGGAGGAUACCUUGUUCUCUUCCUGCCAUUUUCUAUUGUAUGCAUUGUUCGUCCUCAUGCAAUAGGACCAAGGCUCUUACUUGCUGUCCUUGACACGGUGAUGAUUGCUCUGAUCAUAUCUGCUGCUGCUGCUGCUACUGCAAUUCUAUAUUUAGCUCACAAUGGAAAUGCGGAUGCCAAUUGGAUUGCUAUUUGUCAGCAAUUCAGUGAUUUUUGUGGAACAGCCAGUGCGGGUGUGGUGGCUUCGUUCAUUGCCUCUGUCAUUCUCAUAUUUAUGGUUAUGAAUUCAGCUUUGGCUCUCAAACGAAGUUAAUUCUCAUUGAAUAACGCCAUGUAUACCUUGUUACCCAAUUAAGAAGAAGAGAAAUUGAUCAUCACAGCAAAAACCAGGCUACAAAGGGUCUUUGUAAUUAUUAUUUCUGCUUUGUUUAUCUCUGAAAUUGCAUUGCCAUUUGCAAUUGCAUGUUGAUGUCCAUAUGUUUUAUAUGUGUAAUGGAAAUACUCUCUGUGUUUGCCUCAC